AUGCAUAUACUAUUGCUAAUUACUCUAUUUACAUUAUUAAAAUAUUCCAUUGCUAUUCAAUAUAAGAUUCGCCUUCCAUUUUGUAAUCGAGCGCCUAAUUCAGCGCUUCAAAUUGUUUGCUCACAAUUAAAGAAAUGGGAUACAGCUGCCAGGCAACAUCAUUCGACUUCGCUGAAUGAAUCAUCAUCAUCCUGGAAUUCACAAACAAUCUGGUCUAUUAAUCGAUCCAGAUGGACAAAUAAUUUCCAAAGUUGGACUAGUUGGUCUUCAUGGUCUUUACCUUAUAGUAUGCCAUCACAAGAAGUGCAAUACCUCACAACACAUACCGGUGAUAAAUCCCCACUCAUUAUGAGUCAUCAUGUUAAUUUGCCCAUACCUGCUGAACUAAAAAGUAAUUUCAAGGCUGAAAUGUAUGGCCCGAAUGAACCGAAACGAAUGGCAUUCGAAAUAGAAUAUGAAAUUUCUUCCCUUCCUAAGCAAGCUAGGCCAAUUCGUACACAGACUGGACAAAUGAUCAAUGCGAUGACAUCUUCUCCAUGUGCAACUUCAUCAUUAUCAUUAUCACCAACAUUUAAUCCACCACAGCAAAUGUUGAAAAAUAAAGAUUUCAUACGCGACAAAAGCGGUGUGCAAGGGCCAUUUUCACCCAGUACCAUUAAAAAGGAUUUGUAUACAAUGGAACAGGAUACAGUUGGUCCACCAGGUCAACAACAACCUAAUAAUUUGUUUCGUAAACAAUUUUCAUCAUCGCCAUCCUCAUCCUCACCUGUACAACCAUCAUCAAUAAGAAUAUCAGAUCGAUCCAAUGAUUCACCGGUAAUUCCGACUGUAGCACAAAGCAGCAAACAGUUUAAGAGAAAUCAAGCAAAUGUGAUAAAAUCGCCACCGCGAAUUUUGAUGAAUGAUCAACGAAUGAAAGCUUUAGCAUGUAUGGAUCUCAUCUGUUUAUGCCCAUUUCUCAAUGGUUCACUAAGAAAUUUGGAAUGUUUCCUAUCAAAUGGUAAAAAACUUUCAUUGGCUAUUCGUAAAGAGUAUAGACAAUUAAGUACAGAAGAAAGAGAACGAUUUCAUAAUGCUUUAAAUCAAUUAAAACGAAGUGGUGAUUAUGAUAAAAUUGCCCAGUGGCAUUCAGAUCCCGAACUAAGCGGUGGAGCACAUUCUGGCCCAGCUUUCUUACCUUGGCAUCGGGAAUAUAUCAAAAGAUUAGAAAUUGCUCUUCGAAUUAUUGAUCCAGAUGUAUCGCUACCGUAUUGGGAUUCAACGCUUGAAAAUGCAAUUCCAGAAAGCACAGAUACAAUAUUGUUUAGUAAGGAAUUAAUGGGAGAGAAUGAUAAAAAUGGUAAUAUAAUUAAUGGUUUCAUCUCCCAUUGGACAACUUCUCAG